UGCGCAGUAAAUGCGCCAUCGAUGAACGGGAUUGAGCUCUUUUCAUCGUCAUUGAAAAUUCAAACAUUGAGAAAAAGAGGAUAAUGACAGCAGCAACGAAAAGAGCCUGGAGGCUUAGCGAAUUUCCUGCGCACGGCGCUACAGUAAACUGCGCAUCUAUUGGACAGACGACUGGACGUGUAAUGGUAACGGGAGGAGAUGAUAGGAAAGUCAACGUGUGGACUAUUGGAAAGCCCAACGUGAUCCUGACGUUGACGGGCCAUACGAGUGCUGUUGAGGCGGUUAGGCUGGAUACUGCAGAGGAAAAGGUGGUGACUGGAUCACGAUCUGGCACGCUCAAAGUAUGGGAUCUAGAGCAACAGAAAGUUUUACGAACAUUGUCCAGCCACAAGGCAAACAUUCGUUGUCUUGAUGUUCAUCCCUUUGGUGAUUUUGUGGUGUCUGGCUCAUCAGACACGUUUGUCAAGGUAUGGGAUGUUCGUCGAAAAGGCUGCAUUUUCACAUACAAUGGUCAUACAGACUGUGUCAACUGUCUGAGAGUUAGUCCAGACGGUCGAUGGGUUGCUUCUUGUAGCAAUGAUAACACAACAAAUCUGUGGGAUUUGACUGCUGGAAGGCUUUUUCACUCUUUUGCCGACUUUCAAAGACCAGUUGAAUGGUUAGAGUUUCAUCCGAAUGAAUUUCUGUUGGCAGCUUGUGGAGCUGAUCGAACAAGUAAAUUCUGGGAUCUCGAGACACUUCAAGUUAUUUCGUCUACAGAACUGGAGUCAUCUGCAGUACGAUGUAUAAAGUUUCAUCCGGAUGGCGGUUGCUUGUUUUCUGCUGGACAGGAUUCUCUACGGGUGCAUGGCUGGGAACCCAGUGAGAGCUUUGACAUGGUUCCUAUUUCAUGGGGAAAAGUUGCUGACAUGUCUAUAGUAAAUAACCAACUAGUGGCAGCUUCAUUAUAUCAGACACUUGUGUCCGUGUGGGUAGCUGAUGUUCAGAGAUUGAAGCCAUUCGCUGAGACCUCUGACUCUCAAGGAACCGAGACUCCUAAGGUGACUGAUGAUCAGAAACGUGGUACGCAUAAUCGAAUACAAAGUGGUCGGAGACUAUUUACACAAGAGAAACCGAAGUCACCACCAACGACAUAUGAGAAAGACACGAACAGUGAGAACAACGAGAAUGCAGCACCUGUUACUGAUGACCACGAGGCAGAAAUCUUCAAACCUAGGGAGAGUCUAGAGAAAACACCACAAAAGAAGUUCGACCCUUUUUCACCUCCACCCGAGGAUGCAAAAAAUCCUGUGUUGGUGGGUAAGCAAUCGCCAUCUCGUCCUAAGACUACAUCAACAACGACCAAAUCAUCUCGUGUGGCUGCUGAUUCCACAAAACAUCAUGACGGUAGCAAGCAAGCAAGUUUAGACGCAGAAGAAUUUCUGCAAGGAAAUAGAAUUCAAAAACCAGAGUCAGUACAAUUGACUACUGAUGCUGCCAUUAAGAAACUGGAAAACGGUCACCUUGCUAUGAGUACUGUUCUUUCACAACGUUGUACUCACCUUCAGAAAGUUCGAUCUGUUUGGUCAACGGAUAAUGUUAAGGUUGCUGUUCGAGCUGCUUUGGAUCAAGAUGACGAUGCUGUCAUUAUUGAUUUGUUAGGAAUAUUGCGUUUAAAACUUUCUCUGUGGAGUCUGGAGAUUUGUAAUCUUUUACUACCAAAACUACAUCACCUGUUGUCUUCAAAACAUGGCAGUUAUGUUCUAUCAGCUUGUUCAGCUGUUAAGUUGGUUUUGCGUAAUUUUGCUCCUGUCAUAAGAAGUAAUUUAUCAUCACCUCCAAGUGAAGGUAUAGACUUCAGUAGGGAAGAAAGAUACUCAAAAUGCAGAACGUGUAAUUCACUUCUUCAAGAGAUUAGAAGAACAGCCGUGGAACGUCAUUCUCAUGUAUCAGGGAAAUUAGGCAGUGCUAUUAGAGAACUGAAGGUUGCCUUUGCAGUGUUGGACUCAUAGUAAUAUCAGUGAUGUAUAGUAUGUAUCUUGGGAUGGUUUAGAACAACAUUGCUAUCAUUUUGUA